UACCAUAUUUACACAAUUCUUUUGUAAUGGCUGGUGUAGUACCAAAAAAAUCUGCAUCUGGUAGAAAACAAUGGACUUUACAUGGCGGACCACGAAGUUCUCUAAAACGACUCAGAAAUCAACUUGCCUCUGAUGGUUGUCCUGAAUCACAAGUGGUGCUUGCAAAACAAUUACUUGAUGAAGAAUGUGAAUUUGAAUCAGAAAGAAAAGAAAAUGCGCGUUUGGGAGUUUACUGGCUAAUUAAAGCCUCGGAACAAGGUAACACCGAAGCAACAUCUUUAUUAAAAACAUGUUUGGAAACUGGCAAAGGAAUAACAGAACACAACUACCUAGAUGUAAAAUCAUGCAUCACCAUGACCCAGGAUGAGAAGCUGGCCAGAAAAGCAGCCAGAGAAAUGUUUGCAAGCUUGUCAAAUGGCGGCGAAUAUAUAACAUCAGAACAGCUACAGAAAAAAAUUUUGGCGAUAGAAAGAGGAGAAUACAGUGCCAAAAAUACUGAAUCAAAACUGGUGACGGAAAACGGAGACGCCAAUGGUGAACUAAUGAAUAACAUUGAGGAAGUGAGCGAUUCGGACGACGAAACCGAUUGGUCACAAAGAUCAGAUUCCAGCAACGAAAAACUAACAGAAGAUAGUUUGGUAUCUGCGGCUGUCCAUUACUCCCACGGUCUGUUACCUAUUGUCAACAGGGUUCUUUGUUUGAGUGAGCCCAAUUUGAAUAGUCUGAAUCACAUCCCAUUCAUUCACUGGUCUGUGCUGCACCCCUGGUUGGCCCUCAAGAUAUUGUACUUCAGGUUGAUCAGGUUCCUGGGCCAGAAAACGUUGCCAAUAUUUCAACCUUUAAUGAGAUCUGAAAUACAGCUAAUUAUUCUCAUGUUCGCCUACGUUUUUUUCAGUUCCGACAAUAUUUUGUACAUAGUUCCGCUUUUGGUGUAUUAUAUUUCGUUGAUAGUCAUGUUUUUUACCUCGUUCCAAAUGUUGCAAUCUCAAAGAGAUUUCUCUGACUUCAGAAUGUGGUCGGGGUUGUUUAUAUGUUACUCCGGUGGCUCGCUGAACCCGGAACAAGCUGAGUACCAGUACAUCAGAAACAAUUUAAAGCCGUAUGGACAUUUCUUUGUUAGUUGGCUUCUAAAUUUGCUCGUGUAUCCGAUAAUUUCGCAACAGUGGAUUCCCCAAUCCGAACUGACGAUAAUCGCGUUCUGUCUGACGUUCAUCACUUUAUUCGGAUUCAUGCCGAAGCGCCGUUCGAAGACUGUGUUCGACGGACUAGCACUCCUGAGCUUUGCCAUAACAGUUCUAGCCAAGUAUCCGUACGACACCGACCCGGUGGUCGCCCAAGGGUGGCGAUUUCUCGAAUUGGAAGUGCCCAACUUCCCCAGUUACGUGAUCGGAAACGGAAUCGAGUUCUGCAUAAACUUUAAACUGGUCUUGUACAUGUUUAUUGUAGUCUUGUUUGUACGCAUUGCCUCCAGGGACAACUGGAAGGGGAUAUACAAGUCGUUGAUGCCGCACUGCGUGACCUUAAGUUGGUUGCAAGUGUGCAUAAUCAGUUCCCAGGGGGCCACCAUGUUCGGAUUCGUCAGGGGUAUCCUGGCGUUAGCCGGUGUGGUUUUAUUCCUACCUUUGGUGGGCCUCACCAGCGUGAUCUUGCCUGUGAUUGCCGUUACCAAAUGUAUUUUCACCACGAACAUGAUUUACAGCCUGUGUCUCUUUGCGAUUCUCAGUUUUCUCAGUCUGGGGGUGUGUUACUUUCUCGCCAAAACCCGUUACAGAAGGUAUACGGCAGUCAUUCAAGUUUUGAUGAUGGUGGUGGCGUCCUUCUCGCUAUUGAACGUGACCAUACAAGAUAGGAACUCGGAAUACUCGGCCGAGGGUAAAGUUCCACGACUGUUGCCCUGGGAGGUUUACCAGAGGUUCUGUUACCAGCCGGUUUGGAGGGAGGAGAACGUGGCGAUCCAGCAGAUGAACUGCGCACAAUUGGAACACUCGCACGUGCACUGGGACGGGCAGAUCAGCGACAUAAAAAUUAAACAGAUUCGAAACACGUACAAGUCUGUGAUCGACAAGUUUCCCAGCUCGUUUUCGCAGUACCUCUAUUGUCUCUACGGGGAGCAAGUUGUAAGUAAUUGUCAGAUCGAUUCCAUAAGGGAAGAGUGCAAUAUAUUCUUCGACUCCAUUAGUUCUUUAAACAAGUGUACUUUGGAAAAGUACAAUGAAUAUACUUUUGAAGUCAGUGUUAGAAUGCAGGCGGGAAUUUGGGCUAAAAAUCCCGAGGUUAAAGUCAUAUUAAGUCAUUAUUUUAAAAAUUUCACUCUCAAACUUAAGCCAAACGAUCACAUUUGGUUUAAGGGUUCGUUGUUUAAUAACGAAAAUUUGGGUCCUGAGGGAAUUUUAGGGGGCACUCAACCUUUUGUGAGAUUACACGAAAUCGGGUGUAUUGAUUGCCAUAAUAAAGACUUGACUGAACUCCAUAUAGAUUCCGAAAAUACUUUUGAAUUACAAGAUGUACUGAAUGUGUUGUAUACAAGCAUAAAAUUUGUAUUAAAUGUGUUAUUAAACCCAAUUAUAGUUUUGAAAUGAUUAUUUUGUAUUGUUGAUUAAUUUAUUAAUAAAAUAUAAUUUCAUA